AUGCCUCCGAAAACGACGCGUCCCACGCGGCGCCCCUCCACCGCGGGCACCCUCUCGUCCAACGAGCCCACCCUCGCCGAGAGGACGGAGCUCGCCCUCGCCGAGGGCCACGACGCCGACAUCCCCUCCAACAUUGGCUACGUCCUCGACGAGAGCGGCGAGAAGAGGCGGCGCCAAUCCAUCUCCGCGCAGCGCCGCGCCUCUCUCCAGCACCGCACCUCCACCUCGUCCGCCGUUGCGCCCGCCGGCAGCGAGGACCAAGAUGCGGCCGAGGCCGACCCUGAGAAGGGUGUUUCGGACGGCGAGGUCGCCGACGAAAACAUUGUUUGGUGGGACGGGCCCGAGGAUCCUGAGAACCCUGCCAACUGGCCCUCGUGGAAGAAGGUCGUCAUGUGCGGCUUCGUGAGCGGCUUUACCUUUAUCACCCCCUGGCUUCAUUCUCGGCUGACCAGUUCGAUAGCCAUGUUUGCUCCCGGUGUGCCCCAAAUCAUGGUCGAGUUCGAGAGCCGCAGCCCCCUCCUCGCUUCCUUUGUCGUCUCCGUCUACGUCCUCGGUUUCGCCGCAGGACCUCUCGCUUUCGCCCCGCUCUCCGAGAUCUACGGCCGCCUCUGGGUCUACUUCGCCUCCCUCAUCCUCUUUGGAGUCUUCAUCAUCGCCUGCGCCCUCGCCCCCUCCCUCUCCACCCUCAUCGCAUUCCGCUUCCUCAGCGGCGUCUUCGGCGCCUGCCCCUCACCAACGGCGCCGGUACCAUCGCCGACAUGA